AUGGCCACAGAGAGCUCUGGGGUAGAGACCCUGCAAAGAGAGCUGGCUUGCUCCAUCUGUCUGGAGUACUUUCAGGACCCGGUGUCGAUACAAUGCGGACACAAUUUCUGCCGAGCCUGCAUCAGCCAGUGCUGGGCGGGAUUGGUUAGAAACUUCUCCUGCCCCCAGUGCAGAAAAACUGCCCGGAAAAGAAACUUCAGGCCCAACAGGGAGCUGGCGAGAGUUAUCGAAAUAGCCAAAGGGCUGAGUUUCCAGGCAGCCAAAGGCUUGGGAAGGUGUGAGAAACACCAGGAGGCUCUGAAACUGUUCGGUGAAGAGGAUGAAACCCCCAUCUGUGUGGUUUGCAGAGUCUCCCAGGCUCACAGAGCUCACACGGUGGUUCCCAUAGAGGAGGCUGGCUUGGAUUACAAGGAACAAAUCCAGACCCGCCUGCAGGAAGAGAGGGCAAAGCUGCUGGGAUUUAAAGAGACUGAAAAGGGGAGAUGCCAGCAGCAUCUGAAACAGACACAAGCCGAGAGGCAGAAGAUUGUGUCUCUAUUUCAACAACUGCACCAGAUGCUGGAGGAAAAAGAGCGACUCCUGCUGGUCCGGCUAAAAGAGCUGGACAAGACGAUUGUGAGGAUACAGAAUGAAAAUGUCACCAAACUCUCCGAGGAGAUUUCCCGACUCAGUGAGCAGAUCAGUGAGAUGGAGCGGAAGUGCCAGCAGGCAGCGAAUGAAUUCCCACAGGAUGUCAGAAGCACCUUGAGCAGGUGCAAGAAGGGGAAGUCCCAGCAGCAGGUGGAGAUGCCUCUUGAGCUGGAGGAGUUCCUCAGUGAAUUCUCUCAGGGGAACAGUGUCAGGAAGACGCUGAAGGAAUCCAAAGUGAAUGUGACUCUGGAUCCAGAUACAGCUCAUCCCGAACUCACGGUGUCUGAGGAUCGGAGAAGCGUGAGAUGGGGAGAUACGCAGCGGCGAGUGCCUGACAAUCCCAAAAGAUUUGACGCUGAGCCCUGUGUGCUGGGCUGUGAGGGAUUCACCUCGGGGAGACACUACUGGGAGGUGGAUGUGGGGCAUGGGGGAUACUGGGCCAUGGGGGUGGCCAGAGAGUCUGUGAGGAGGAAGGAAGAGAUCAGCCAUAGCCAUGAGGCGGGAAUCUGGGUUUUGUGCCAGUGCGUGGAUGAAUACUGGGCCCCGACCUCCCCUCUGACCACCCUCUAUCUGAGCUGGGACCCCAGGAGGAUUGGGGUUUUGCUGGACUACGAAGUGGGGCGGGUGUCUUUCUUCGACGCGGACAACGAGAAACCCAUCUUCACUUUCCCGCCGGCCUCCUUCGGCGGGGAGAGAGUCCGCCCUUGGUUCUGUCUCUGUGGGGAGGACAUGCAGCUCCAACUGUGUCCCUGA